GCUGCCGCCAAAACCGCGCACGGUCCAAGUGAUCGCCAACCGAAACUUCCCCAGUUACACGAAAUAAAGACCCCCACCACUGCAGCCAUCCGGACAAAUCCCUCGCUUUCAAACGCUUAGGCUUUAGAUGGAUCAGGAUAAGCAAUGGCUUUACGUCUCUCUUCUGCGCUAUUUACCCUCCUUCUCAUCCUUGCUGCUGUCUACUUGAAGAACGUCGUGUUGCACCUCACCACCAAUCCUCUUUGGCAACAACAUCCAGGAAAAGCGAUGCAUCCAAAGUUUCUGGCUAGUGUUUUGGUGGCGUCGGCGGCGGGAAGUGCGAGUGCGAGUGCGAGUGUUAAUGCUGUGGAGGUUGGGAAUGAGAGUGUGUUGAAUGCGAAUUUGACGAGGGAUGUUGUGCCUAUUCCUGUUCAUAGUCACAACGACUACUGGCGCACGACGCCCCUCCUCUCCGCUCUCUCCUACGGCUUGACCUCCGUCGAAGCCGAUGUCUGGCUCAUUAACGGCACUCUCUUCGUCGGGCACGAUCGUGGUGCAUUGGAUGUCGAGAAGACCUUCGCGAACUUGUAUAUCGACCCGCUCGUCCAGUUGUUGGAGAAUAUCAACCAGAAUGCUGGAGAGUUUGAGGCGACGGGGUGGAAUGGCGUUUUCUCGAUGGAUAACACUCGGUCGUUACAGCUUCUCGUUGAUUUAAAGACUGAUGGUCCGGAGACUUGGCCUUACGUCCUUCAAGCGCUUGAGCCUUUGCGUGAGCGCGGAUGGUUGACGAACUACAACGGUUCUGCCGUCACGAAUGGCGCUGUUACCGUCGUUGGAACAGGCAACACCCCCCUUCAGCAAGUCAUCGCUCAGAACAGCACUCGCGACGCUUUCUUCGAUGCCCCUCUUGCGUCCCUGAAUGCGACGUUCACACCCGCGGUUUCACCGUUGGCAAGUACGAACUGGGCCAAGGCAGUAGGCUGGAACGGAAUUCGCGAUAUCUCCCAGAAACAGCGCCACGCUAUUCGCGAUCAAGUCGCGACAGCCCACGCAGCCGGCUUGAAGGUCAGGUAUUGGGGAUACCCCAACUGGCCCGUCUGGGCACGCGAUAACAUCUGGAAGGUAUUGGUCGAGGAGGGUGUCGAUUGGUUGAAUGUCGACGAUUUGAGUGGUAUCGCUGAGUUCUGAAUCCAGAAGGAAAGGGUGGUUACGACGUGGGCGGGAGCGUGGGGGUGGGAGUGGGUACUGAGGUGGG